CUUAUCUUUACGGGGAAGUGAAGCAGAUGUAAGGCAGUAGUGGAGCGAACUGGAGCUUGAUCAGUCGCAGAGAAGAGAAGAGGGGGAGAAAGCAAGGGAGAGAGGAAAAUGGACAGAGAGGAUAGCAAGACCACUCAACAUCCAAGGGAAAAGGGGAAGGAGGCUCACGGAGAGGGACAUAGAGAAAGAAGAAACUACGGAAAUAUUAAUGGUGAAAGCGCAAGUGGAGAAGAAACUGGAGACGGCAGUGAAGAAGAAGAGGAAAGGGUAAGAACGCGACAAUACGACAUCAGUUACAAAGCUAAAGGCAAAUCAAAGGACAAAAAUCAAAGUGAAGAGGAAGAAGACAGCGAGGAAGGAGAAUCGACCAGUAACAAAGACGGAGGUAAAGACGACAACGGAAAAGGUGAAAGAAAAUGUGACUACAGUGACGAAGACGAUGAGGAAAGGAAAGGAGAUAAAGACGAAGACGAUGACGAAGGGGGAGUAGAAAGCGAUUGCAGUGAUACCAGAGGGAAAAUAGAAAGCGAUGACGACAAUGAACACGAAGAAAGAAAACAAAGAAACAACAUGAGUUACAAAGUUAAAGUGAAAUCAAGGGACAAUGGACGAAGCGAAGAUGAAGAUGAUUACGAAGGAGACUCAACAAAUAACGACGUCACGGAUGAAGGCGACAUCGGAAGAGGUGAAAGAGAAAGUGAUUACAGUGACGAAGACGAUACCGAAAGGGAAGGAGAAAGCUAUUGCGAUGACGAUGAAAAAGACGAAGACGAUGACAAAGGCGAAAGGAAAAUAGAAGGCCGUUACAGUGACGAAGACGAUGAGGAAAGGAAAGGAGAAAGCUAUUACCAUGACGGUGACAAAGACGAAGACGAUGACGAAGGGGGAGUAGAAAGCGAUUGCAGUGAUACCAGAGGGAAAAAAGAAAGCGAUGACGACGAUGAACACGAAGAAAGAAAACAAAGAAACAACAUGAGUUACAAAGUUAAAGUGAAAUCAAGGGACAAUGGACGAAGCGAAGAUGAAGAUGAUUACGAAGGAGACUCAACAAAUAACGACGUCACGGAUGAAGGCGACAGCGGAAGAGGUGAAAGAGAAAGUGAUUACAGUGACGAAGACGAUAACGAAAGGGAAGGAGAAAGCUAUUGCGAUGACGAUGAAAAAGACGAAGACGAUGACAAAGACGAAAGGGAAAUAGAAGGCCGUUACAGUGACGAAGACGAUGACGAAUGGGAAAGGGGAAGCAGUUACAGUGAAGACGAAGAAGAAAGCUAUUAUGGGGACCGAGACGAUAGCGAAAACGAAGGAGACAGUGAUAACGACGAUGACGUACUGGAAGGAGAAAGCGAUUACAGUGAAGAUGACGAAGAAAGCGAUGAUGAAGACGAAGACGAUAGCGAAAGCGAAACCGAUGACGAACUCGAGAACGAAAGCGAAGGAAAAAGUGAUAACGAAGACGAAGACGAACGAGAACGCAUUUACGAUGACGAAAAUAAUGGCAUUAAAAAAGGUAAAGCAGAAAGAGAUCGCGAUGUCGAAGGCGACAACGAAAGGAAAAUACUAAAAGAAACAAGAAAAGAGGAUGAAACCGUGAACGAUGCGGACAAAACAAAUGCUCAAAGAACAAACCAAAAUGAAAGAGCAAAUAAAGGAGAAGGCGCGAGGAGACAAGAAGAUAUAAACUGUAAAGAUGUAACCAAAAACCAAGACGAAGCAACGAAAGAGGAGGAAACGAGAAAACAUAAAAACGAAACAAAAGGAGAGGAAGGAGCAGCGAACCCAGGGAAGUGGAAGCAAGAAGACAAAACAAAGAGGCAAGAAGAAAUGAGAAACCAGGAAGACAAAGCAAGUGAAGCAGAAACAGGGAACCCAGAAGGUAAGGAAGAAAUGAGAGAACAAGGAGACGAAAUCAAUAAAGAGGAGGAAAUGAGGAACCGAGAAGACAAGGCAAACAAGCAAACAGGGUACCAAGAAGACAAGACAAAGGAAGAGGAUGAUGCGAAGAACCGGGAAGAAAAGACAACGAAAGAAGAGGAAACGAGAACCAAAGGAGGCAAAAGGAAGUUAGAAGGAGAAACAAGGGAAUUAAAAGCCAAAAAUCAAAUUGGCAACCAAGAAGGUAAUUCAGAUGAAGAGAAUGGAGAGUUUGGUAAAACAGGGAACCAAGAAAGAAAAUCAAGGAAUGAACGAACGAGCAACCAAGUAAACAACAGAAAUAAAGAAGAAAACAUAUGGGACCUAAGAGAAAUCAAAACUGACGUAGCAGCGAUGAAGAAACGAGAGGACCAGAGGAAUAAAGAGGAAGAACUGAGGAACCAAGAAGGCAAAGCAAAUAAACAGACAAGGAAUCGAGAAGAAAAUACAAAUAAGGAAAAAACAUGGGUAAAGGAGGAGGAGGAGGAGGAGGUGGAGACCAUCACUCUGACUCCUCAACACACAGCAGGACCGGGCUGGGACGGCGAAGGAGCUCGGGGCAAACACGGGCGGCUGCAGGACGGCGCCGGAGCAAAGAUAUACUCGAUUGAGAGAAAAAAGAAGUACAACUUGCAAAGCAGUACAUCUACAUCUACCACUUCACGAGAUUACGAAGGCAGCAGCGCGGUAUCCGUCAGGCCUAAAACCCGAAGCCGUCAGGAGCGGGAAGGCGCGGCGGGAGGCGACCCCGGUUCGCCGCUCGGCUCGACUUCCAAGGGCAGCGAACCCGCGACGAGAUCGCCGCACAGGAGACGGGGCCCUCAGGACGCCAAAGGAAGGCGAGGCUCAGGAGGAACCGACGGGGAUGAAUUCAGACCACAGGACUUGGCGGAGUUUCUGGGGCGGCAAGACGGCUUUCAAGCGCCCGUGGGCGACAUGAGAGCUAAUUUCUCUUGGCAAGUUGAUCGGGCAUUAGCAAGCCUCCCUCAUAUCUUUUGCAUGAAGAAUGAAAGGAUGAAGUUGCGGCCAAAGAUCAGAGUCUGCGCUGCUUAUGCGUCGCGCAGAGGCUGCAUUGACCGGUCAUCGUGCUUUAACAUUCAUAUCUGCCCCGGCUUUAUUUUUGGCGAUUGUGAGUCGGAAAACUGCAGCAUGGGGCAUAGACUGCACACGAACCAUAAUGCCAGGGCAAUCCAAGCUUUUUAUCUAGAGUGUCUAAGUGAUAAACAAUUGGUUCUUAUUGUAAAAGAGAAUGGAAAGGCAUUACACCAGGCGCCUUAUAGUUUCCAGGAAUCUUCCCAAAUUCCUGAGAUAUGCUAUAAGUCUGUGUCUGGGUUCUGUGACGUUACUGGUUGCCAGAGGUUCCACUCAAAGAUCCACUUUCAUUGGCAAAUGACCGAAGAUUUUAAAACUUGGUUUAACUUCCCGAAGAAGCAAGUUUUUUUUCUAGAAAAACGUUUCUGUAAUCCUGAGAAUGACCUUGUUAUACUGGCAGCACUCGGUGAUCCCUGCCUUAACAGAGACCUAGCCAUUCUAUUGAAAUACAAAUCUUGGGAAGUAGCCUUCAAAAACACGAUCUGGGAAAACAGCUCUCCAGUAAUUCCUAUUUACUGUGAAGGCACAACAUAUAACAUCAGGAGACUUUGCACCGAGAGAAGUCCGACAAUGAAACUCAGAGCAAACAUAUUCAUUUGGUAUUUCCAAGAUGACUCGCAGAAAUGGGUUUCGUUUGACACUGAUAACAAUGACAGACUUGAAAAAGCUUACCAAAAGGAUCCAAAAGCAACAGUGAAAGUAGAGACAAAGACAUCAUUACACGAAGUGGAUUUCAGCAAAAUGCAGCAGGAAAAUAUAAUGACUCGGAAUUAUACGGUGAUACGGCGCAGACCCCUGCCAUUGCUGGAAACUCAUUCGAGAUGAUGGAAAACGUCUAUGUAAAUUUUGAGUUAUUUUGGGGAGAUUGUAUGUUACAGAUGUAAGAAUUCCAUCCUGGCAUAUACACUCUAUGUUUGUGUAUUAAGUUUUAUAUCUAUUCUAUAUAAGAAUGUGAAUAUUAAGCAUGUCAACCCUCAGCUGACCCCUUGUUUAGUCAAUAUAGUAUCAAUAAAUACUAAUAGUGCUUUUGAAAUACCCCACAAAAAAGGCAACCCUCAUCCGUGUUUGAAAAAAAGCUGCAAAGGUGAAGCAUUUGUCUUUAAGACACACUUCAGACUCAUGUUAGUAAUAUGCAAUAAAAAACUAAAUCUUUGGUCACAUAGAUAAUAAUUCCAUAUUUUGUUCAGGGAAACACUGUUUACUCCCCUCAGGAGCCAUGGGUGCUUGACUGAUGAACCACCCCUGGACGCGACGGAAAGUGAACAAGAAUCUUUAUAAAUUCGAGUACACGCAUUAGACUUCUUGAUUCCAAAUUUACCUAUUUUGCUAAUAGCAUGGGCAAUAAAAAGACGUGCUAGAUACUUUUCUCGGUUUGGAGAUGAAAAUAGGAUAAAAGAUAUAGAAAUUUCUGUCCAGUCUGAAGUGAAUCCGAGUUGAUAGCUCGCGAGCCUGACAAGUGGGGAUGCUUUCGUCAAGCCACCUCACUUCACCUAGUCUACCCAGGUUCAAAAGCGGUUUUCUACGGGAUAAUAAAGUAGAAGACGCCCAGAGAUUCGUCAUUAUUAUCAGACCUUCCUUAGAAACAAAUGAUGUCACCAUGUAUUUUUGUAUUUUCAUUUGAUAACUGUUGAAAUCAAGAAUCCAAAGAGAACAACAAAAGAAAAACAGUAUAUAAAGAGUUUAAAGUAUGUUCGGUUGUGUUUUGUUUCUGUAACGUGUGACCACUGUCUUUAAUAGCCAGAUGACGAAAGCGUUGCAGUAGUCUUCUUGGGGAAAUGCCAAUUUGUGAAUCCUAUGGUAAUCGAUCUUUGAUGCACAUACAUUCUUACAUGUAACGUAUUUGCUGGCUUCGUUUAUGCCACUCCGUAAGUAAUUGUGAUAUUAUGUGUUUACACAGAUUGUUAAAUUCUGACAAAACUGAUUUUUAUUUAUUUUUUAUAUUCACUUGAAUUUUACAUUUACAGUGCCAUAUUAUAUUUUUAGUUGUUAAUUCACUGUUAAUUUAGCAAAUUGAAUGUAUAAAUCAAAAUGUAAUUAAAAUUAAAUGAUCAUA